CACGAUAUAAUGUUUUGGCCCGACUUAGCGCCAUGCCAUUAUGCAAGAACAACUCAAAAUUGGCUUUACCAAAAUAACAUACCUUUUGUACCAAAAGAAGACAACACUCCCUAAUUUACCUCAGGCCCGCCCAAUUGAAGAUUUUUGGACACUUUUAUCUCGCAGAUUGUAUGAUGAAAAGUGGCAAGCCCAAAAUGAGAAACAACUACGGCGAAGAAUUUUUAGAAAAAUAUGCGAAAUAGAUGUUGUAGCCGUCCAGGACCUAAUAAGCAACGUUCGCAGAAAAUUGAGUUGAGGAGCACGGACC